UUUGCACGCGCUUGCGUUGCGGGCAGGCGCAACAGGCACUUGCCUACUGGAGUCCAGUUAACUUUACAGAAAUUUCAAGCUGGGAAAGGGUGACAGUGUCACUGUCAAAAAUUACAUUGAAAGGAGGACGUCCUCCUAAAAUUAAAUAAUUCUGUUUUGCUAGUAAAUUAGCCUAGUUUUACGUGUUUCAUGCGCGUGAGGAUUUGAAUUUGAACUGUACUGUCUACAUUUUUUACAAAAAAAAAAACGGCCAAAAACAAAUGGUCGUAGUGAAAUCAUACAGACUGCGUCCUCGGCUCGUGCCUAAUUAUAACCCGAGCUCGCGGGCAGUAACAGUAUCUCGUGGCUGGUAAUGCAGACCGAGGCUCGCGCCACAACUGCCCUCUGACAACUUCACUGCGUCCACUGAAGGAAAAGAAACUGCACGAAAUUUCAGCUGUCAAACCCACUAAGUUGCACUCUGCUUGUCAUUGACACAGUGCUGAGAAUUUCCAUCUUGAAAGUCAUCCUGUAGCCUAUGUUCUUGAUCCAUGCCUGUCCCUCCACCUCCACCUCCUCCAGCACCUCCACCCCCACCUCCAAAUGCUUCAGCUCCUGCACAGAAGUCACGGGCAGAUCCUCCUAAAGUCCAGCGUUCUGAAGGAGGCGGUCGUAAUGCCCUAUUGGCUGACAUUCAUAAGGGGGCGAGGCUGAAAAAGGUCACACAGGUCAACGACCGGAGCGGCCCCAUCCUUGACAAGCCUAAAGUGAGCAGUUUGGAUGAUGGUGGAAGACAUGCGGCUGCUGGAAACUCUGCAGGGUCUGCUCCGUCUACAGUGGCUCCAAGUCUGGGUGGCCUGUUUGCUGGGGGAUUUCCUGUACUUAGAUCAGUUGGAAAAAGAGACAGACAGCCACAGCUCAACACGGUUUCUCGCUCAGGUUCUUCUGCUAGCCUGAAGCAGCCUCUCUGGAACACACCAUCACAGGGAGAUGGUUUUAGAGGAAGCGCCCCUGAUUUGUCCCCCUCCCACAAACCUUUGGAAAGAGCCGCCUCUUUGCCUAAAGCUCGGCCCCUUUCCUCAUACACGGCCCCGCCCUCCCCCAGCCAAACUGCUCAUCCUGAUUUCAAACCGUCCUCUACUGUGCCUUCUUCUGCACCACCCCCUCCUCCUCCACCAUUUGCACCACAGCAGCGGCAUGGUCAUAAACCACCUCCACUCCCCACUGGCCCGCCGCCACCCCCACCUCCCCAAAUGGCCAAACCCACGUGGUUACCUGUCCAAUCACACUCCAUUCCUAUGCCCACAACUCCGCCUCCUCCACUGCCUCCAUCAGUUCCUCCUUCCUCAAUCUCUGAUAGAUCAUCAGGUGUAUUUUACCCUCCUCCACCCCCACCAUCAGUACCUCCAUCCUCACUCCCUGACAGAUCAUCUGGGGUCUUUUACUCUCCACCCCCUCCACCGCCUCCCUCGACUCCUCCAUCCUCGCUCCCUAAACGGUCAUCUGGCGUCUUUUUUCCUCCACCUCCUCCUCAAGACAUGUUAGAAAUGAAUGAUACUUAUUUAGGCCCUCCUUCUCUUCCUGCUUCGUUUGCAUCUAGCCACCCCCCCUCAGCACCCCCUCCCCUACCUCCGAAAGUACCUCCCGUGCCCUCACCCACAUACAGGCCCAACGUACCACCUCUGCCACCUUCUUACCCUUGUACCGCCCCCAGCAGACGUCCCCCAGCGGUGCCACGGAGCACAGGUCCUCCUCGGUUGGCUCCGCCUCCUGCACCACCAGCUCGUUCUCCUAGCACUGAGCUUUCCAGUAGAGUCCUGCCCCCUCCUCCACUUCCACUGUCAGCUCCGCCCAGUUCAAUCCGGAAUGGACACCUGCAUAGUUUAGAUGACUUUGAGUCAAAGUUUCAUUUCCAUCCAAUUGAGGACUUCCCCCCACCUGAAGAGUUCAGGCCUUUCCCACGUAUCUACCCCAGCAAGGAGAACAGAGUCAACCCACAACCUCCUGCAAUGAGGACUCAUUUAAGAUGAAAUGUGACAAUACCAUGUUUGGUGCUUAACCAAACCAUGAUAUUUCUGACCAGCAUUAGAGUUGGAAAGACUCAAUUACAAAUCUGUGAAAAAAAACUUUUUUUAUGUGAAAUGAGCAUUAACAUAUUUUGAACAUUUGGAUUUGCAUAUGCUCACCUCUUCCAAUUAUCCAUGUUUAUGGUUUUAACCCUUUUAAAAUCUCUAAGGGCUGUUUAUAUCUGGUAUUAAGAGGCAUUUUGGUCAACCGGAUCACAAGUGGACAAGACACCUGGUAUAUUAAUCCGUCUCUUUUGUCCACUCUCAAACGCUUCUAAAAUGACGCAAAUUAAUAUUAGGUCAGUGUGUUGUUUGUAAACAUUCUGCACAGAGUUUUGUACAUGUAUAUGUAAGAGCUUUCUAUGAGAUUUCAGAGCAGUUGAAGAAAUAAGCUCGCUCAACUUUCAAACGCUUGCAAAAUGAAAUACAUGAAAGAGUUAGAGAGCAGAUGCUUUAGUUUUAUCAAUAAAAUCCUAAAGGUCGUGCUGAACACGUGGGUUCACGCUAGUGGUCAGGACCGAUGUAUUAACAUUGUGCUCGGUACAUCACAUUAGGUCUAUAGGCCAAGAGUAGGUGGUCUUCUCAGAGGCAGUAGUAUUGACGAAGUUUGAGCGAGAGGGGAAGUAUGUUACUGCGCGCUGAGGUCAAAGUGCUGCAAACUUAAAGGGACACAAGGCAGCAUUUAUUUGUUAAUAAAUCAUCUUCGUAAGUCGGUAAAAGGUUAAAUGACUCAUUACCGGGCGAAUGAAGACUCUACGAUUGCAUGUCUUAUGUUUUUAACUGAAUGGCGUAUGCUGUCAACAAAUACAACUUCCAGAAGACGCACCAAAAUCCUGGCCAGGGCGAGUCCGUGAAGAAUGACACAUAUAUAUAUAUAUAUGGAUAGAUGGAUAGAUAGAUGUAGAAGGAUAAUAUUUGUCUAAAGUUAUAUUAGUAAGGUCUAUAAGUUCAUCUGGACGAAUUACGUUUUCCCCUUUGCUUGUCUAAAUUUAUUUAUUUAUUUAUUUAUAAUUAUAUUAUUCUCAUGCCCACUCUCCCAAUAAAAAACAAAACACGAAAGCAGUAGUUUGCCUCGUUCAUAUCGGUCGUUCACGUUAAAAAUACUAUUAUGCAUGACAACACAAUAAAAAUAAAAAAUCAGUUGGAAAGGAAAUAUUACUUACCUAACUUAGAUAGACAUAACUGGAUUGGAAAUAAGCUGAUAAACUGAGUGGCGAGGGGGGAGGGACAACAGUUCGUUUUUACGACAGUGUGUUUGAAAGCAUUUACUUCCAGACACUAGGGGGAGCUUGUAGAGAAAUAAUAUGCAGACUUGCCUGGUUUCCCUUUAAGUGCUCUUCCCCCUUACAAUAUAAGUCUAAUUUUUAUCCGCUUAAAACAUCGCCACAUUUUAUUUACUCGUGUAACUACUCAUGUAACAGUCUUUAAAUAGGGAAAACAUGGAAGUGUUUGGUGGCUUCUAAAUUCAUCCCUGUUUGGAUCCUAAGGAAUUAAUGGGGCUAGGCUAAAUGCUAACACAUUCACAGGCACGCUGUACAAAGAUUAAGUGCACGCACUGAAAAAAGAGAGGUAUGUAUUAAUUUGUCUAAGUUGAGGUAAAAACAAAUUAAAAUAUUGAAAAAUUGUGGUGUUUUCCUUUAAACGCAUUCGACCACAUGAGCGUCUACACCACAAAAGCAAACCGUCCGAAUACGACUACCUCUGAAUGUGGUCGGAAGUGGAUGAGCUCGAAACGUUUUACACCCCAUUUACACCUGUAUUUAACGUCGUACACUUGCAAUUUGAUCGACCAAAACACAUCUUAAUACCAGGUGUAAACAGACCCCUAGAAAUGUGAUUUCUUUAAAUUAUAGGCCCAAAAAUGCUUUAAUUUAGUAACAAAUGUUAUUAUUUCUAAUAAUUUUUGCUUAUCAUAGCUGACAAUUUUUAAUUUGCUUUUAAUUUAUAACAAGUACAAAGGCAAAUAACUAAACCACUAAAACUGUGAAAAUAAGAAAAAAAUAGCUUUAUAAAGAGAAGUUAAAGAAAAGACCAAUAGUAUUACAGUCUAUUUGCAAGUACAGAAAGUUUGAUUGAAAGGAAAGAAAGCAAUCAAAUGCAAAGCAGAGUGCUUUGGUUCUGUAUAAAAUGAUGUGAACUUGAAUGAAUCAGGUAGGUGAUUGUAUAAGUGCAGGGACAUUUGGUGUCCAAAGUUUACUACAAAUAGUUAUUUGGUACUCAUGACUUGUGUCAUGAAUCACAAGAUGUUACAGGGCAUAACAAUAUAAUAUUUUCUGUAAAAGGGGUCUUAGCUGAAAAAGAGAGAGAGAGAGAGGGGGGGGUAUCUCUGUGUAUAACUCCCAGUUCUGUUACACACUGUAAUUAGUAUCAAUUCUAUUACUGUCCAACUCUGUUAAGGUAGAGUAACAGAAUUGACACUAUUUCGGACGACAGGACAUCAUGAUUUUCAGCUAUAUAAGACAAUUUUUACAGAAAAUAUUAUACUUUUAUGGCCUACAACAGGGCUAUUCAAUUGGCGGCCCGCGGGCCAAACCCGGCCCACAAGGUAAUUUUUCAUCCGGCCCUUUAUUUAGUCUGUAAAAAAGAAAUCUCUAGAAUAAAUUAAGUAAGUUAGACAACUGGCCCUACAGUUACGAGUUGAUGCGCAUGCGUCUGUUUCAUACAGCAUGAGCUGCAGAGUGCGAGUCACG